UGUCUCAAGGGCACCUUCUCAAGCCCUCAAGGUGGUUGCAACUUGAGAGAGCUGCAUCUAACCCAGCUACCAUUGCGGGUGCUCCGUGGUGCUCCUUGCGUGCCCAAGCUGUUACUGAUCCUGUAGGGCCAGACAAGUUCCGACCGCAGGAGGCUUACGGCGUCUUCCAGCGCUGGCGUGGAAGUGAAGAAGCUCUCUCGAAUGAAGACUGUGAGAAUGUUUAUCACUUGGUCUAUUCAGCACACCGGCCUGUUGCAGUAGCAGCGGGGGAAUUCCUUCACAAAAAACUGUUCAGCAGACACGAUCCCCAAGCUGAAGAGGCUCUAGCAAAGAGGAGAGGGAGAAAUAGUCCAAAUGGAAACCUUAUUAGAAUGUUGGUUCUUUUCUUUCUUGAAAGUGAGUUGCAUGAACAUGCAGCUUACUUGGUGGACAGUUUGUGGGAGAGCUCUCAAGAACUUUUGAAAGACUGGGAAUGUAUGACAGAAUUGCUCUUGGAGGAACCAGUCCAAGGAGAAGAAGCGAUGUCCGACCGGCAGGAGAGCGCUCUGAUUGAGCUGAUGGUGUGUACGAUCCGGCAGGCUGCAGAAGCGCAUCCUCCCGUAGGCAGGGGCACUGGGAAAAGAGUCUUAACAGCAAAAGAAAGAAAGACUCAGAUAGAUGACAGAAAUAAAUUGACUGAACAUUUCAUUAUUGCACUUCCUAUGUUGCUAUCAAAGUAUUCCGCUGAUGCAGAGAAGGUUGCAAAUCUCCUGCAGAUACCUCAGUAUUUUGAUUUGGAGAUCUACAGCACGGGCAGAAUGGAAAAGCAUCUGGAUGCGUUGCUGAAACAGAUCAAGUUUGUCGUGGAGAAGCAUGUGGAAUCGGAUGUUCUUGAAGCCUGCAGCAAAACCUACAGCAUACUCUGUAGUGAGGAAUAUACCAUCCAGAAUAGAGUUGACAUAGCCCACAGCCAACUUAUCGAUGAAUUUGUGGACCGGUUCAACCAUUCUGUAGAGGAUCUGCUGCAGGAG